AUGCCGGCUGCUACUGAGGCGGUCGACUUCAAUCAACAAGAUGUCACAAGGUUCCAGAACCGACCCGCCAGCAGCAUGCCUCAAUUCAGCAGUGGAAGUAGAUCGACAACGACGACGGCGAGCACCUCGGCGUCGACCCAACAACACCAAAACCAACAACAGCAGCAACAACAAGACCAGGACCAACCGAGGCGCUGGAUAAAGCGCUACAGGACCCAAGUUUCAGCGAGCUCGGCCAGUGUCCUGUCCACCAUUACCGCCUUCCCCCUCGACAGCGUAAAGACUCGACUACAGACAUACCCUUACAAUGGUUUCUUGCAUUGUGUUGGAAAAACGUACCAAUCGGAAGGAAUCCGAGGCUUCUUUCGAGGUGUAACUGCCCCUUUGGCUAGCGUGACGCUCGUACGGACUGUCUCCUUCUCGAUAUACCAACGUUCCAAGUACAUUUAUUCGGAUUGGAUGGGCAAACACAUGGGCUUUUGCCCCCUUGAACACGUCAACAAGAAUGGCACGUAUCCGAACCUGGGAACUAUCGCCUGUUUUGGAGCCGCUGGGGCUACUGCCGGUUCAGGUAUUACCUUGAUCGCAUGUCCCUUCGAGCUCACCAAGAUAAGCGCACAAGUAUCGGUUCUCAUGGCAAACCAGAAGAAUGCGGAUCCGAAAUGCCAGGAAAUUGCAAUGAGCUACCAUAACAAAGGCACCAUCAUGACUUUACGAAAUCUAGUCAAACACAGAGGGCUCUCGGGGAUGUACACUGGUCUCAAUUUACAUCUCUUGAGAGAUACCCUAGGAACCGGAAUUUACUUUGCCACAUACGAGAGCGGUAAACAGCUCUUGACUACCUUUAGUGGCACCGACGCACACAAAAACCCCAUUGCCGUUUUGAUUGCUGGUGGUCUUUGCGGCAUUGUAUCGUGGGCUCUCAUCUACCCCCUUGACUCGGUCAAGAGCAUCUACCAGCGCAACGCAUUGAUGUACUCAAAGGGCCAAACAGUGCCGAUGCCCAAAAUCGAGUUCUUCAGAAAGGAUAUGUAUCGAGGACUCGGUGUAUCCAUGGGCAGAUCAGCUGCGGUAAACGCAGUCUUCUUCUCCGCCUUUGAGUUCUUCAAGAAGAAGAUUAACAACCUCGAGGAUAUCGACUAA